AUGCACCCGGAUCCUGGUGAAAAGGACCCACCUCGAGACAGUUGUCGACCCUACUCCAACAACUCCGGCCUCUCAGAAUGGUUCUAUGAGUCGAGUUCUCAUGGCAGCAACCGGUCCCAAACUCUCGAAACUUCCCGCCGCCGCAAGUUUUGCAUAUGCCAGAUGAGGUUGUGCUCUCGGGUCCCAGCACCAGAUAUCGUUACCCAAGGCCUUCCGGCUCGUAUAUGGAGAGAUCAGGGGCAUCCGCAACUUUGCCUAAAGGCAAAAACAAAAGGCGCACAUUGCACUCAAUCUACACAUCAUGCGACAGGAACCCAAUUUAGUCACUCGAUUGCAGUGGCCCACAAUCAGAAUGGCUUAAAAAAAGGUUAG